CUUCAGGGCCUUCAGCUAGGCCGAGCCAGGACCUGUGCCGCAGGUCCCGUGCCAUGGCGUCAGCUGCGUCAGCUCGGUCAGCUCGGUCAGCUCGGUCAGCUCUUGCUCUGGCGACUUUAGCCUUGGUGAGUGGUCACGUUUUCUCAGGCACGUUUGCAGCCAACAGGCAGGCUGUCAACCGAUCCGGCAGACUGCCCAGAUCAGCACAGACAGACCCCAACUUCGCAGUAAAUGUUGGAGAGGCCACCGACACUUUGAGGAACGACCAUGCCCAGAUUCCUCGAUUGGCUCCUGGUUUGAAUGUGGCAGAUCCAAGAGUUUCCUUGGAAAUUGCGCAGGCUGCCAAGGGUGCCUUCAGCGACUUGCAGCGGACAGUUCCAGCGGUGAAAGACCUUUUCUCAGCAGGAGAUUUCCUGAAGCAAGCAGAGGAUUGGACUUCGCAACAAGGCACCCAAGCACCUGUGGAAAGAGUGGUUGAGUUCAACUCCAUCUACGAGCUGGAUUGUUGGAGUGGCCGCAUUGUGAGACACACCCUAGAGUUUCGAUCCCCGGAAGAAAACUUUGAUUUGCUGGGAGCCUUGCAAGGAAUGCCAGCCCGUUAGACAAAAA